AUGCCUAGUUUAUAUUGUCCUGUUAUGGCAACUUGUGAGAAGACUGAAAUUAAAUUAGCUGGUACUCUUUCGCUAGAAUCGGUUAAUGGAGGUUUUGUUCAAAUUCAUGAGCCAUCUUCGCAUACUGGACCUCGACCUAUUGCUUUGCGUGUUCUUUCUUUUCAACAACGUUUUGGAUUGAAUUCAAGCAGUUCUCGAAAUUUGACUCUUUCGCCUUAUUUGGUUAUUCAUUGUCAUGGUGGUGGUUAUGUUGCUACUUCAUCUAAAUCACAUGAGACUUAUCUUCGAUAUUGGGCCAAAUCUUUGGAAUGCCCACUUAUUUCUAUUGACUACUCGUUGGCACCUGAAAAUCCCUUUCCUCGCCCAACAGAGGAGGUUCUUUAUGCUUAUGCUUGGAUUCUUAUAAAUCACGAGAAAUUUGGUUGGACUGGUGAAAAAGUUUGUCUUGUUGGCGAUUCUGCUGGAGGAAAUUUGAUUGUGUCUGUUUCAUUGAAGCUUGUCGAAUUGGGUGUUAAAAGACUUCCUGACGGACUUGUUCCCAUCUAUACUCCUUUUUUGUUUCAGUAUUUGCCGUCCCCUUCUCGUGUUCUUAGCUUUAUGGACCCUCUUUUGCAUAUGGGUGUAGUAAUUCGUUGUGCAGCAGCUUACUCUGGUACUUAUACUGAUGAGGAGUUGGAUAAGGACGCUUCUUUUAAAGAGAGUCCGAAUGUUCCAGCAAAUAAUGGACAUAGAUCGUUGCAGGAUUAUGUUGACCAGGUGCAGCGAGCGCAGAAUGAAAGUCUCUUGGAUUUCACGCAAGGCUCGCAAUCUAUUGUUUCAUUAAUCAAUUUGUCGUUAUUCAACAAAUCUGUCCCUGAGCAACCUAAUUUUGAUUCUCCACCCAAAGAAGACGAUAAACGAUUAGACAAAACUGUGGGAUUUGUAAUGCCAACAGAAAAUGUUGGAGGAGGAGGAGAGUCUCAAGAUGAAGGGGAUAACAGGCCAAAUGCUGAAGAUGAUGAAGAAGAUUCUGCAAUGCAAUCGGUUAGAGUAGAUGCUGAUCCGGCACAUAUUUUUCUUUCGACAACAAAUUUUGACCAAUGCUUGAUUGACUAUUUACAAAUACAUCCAAUUACUAAAAGUUCAAUAAAUACUUUUACUGAUCAAGCAUCUACUGACUCAAAAGUAUUUGGUGAUGAAUCAGAAGAAACUGAGGUUUUUACUGCAGCUGAACGUUCCAAUGAUAAAUUGCUGACCCCAACAUCAAUUCUUGCUCCAGAUAUUACUCAACAACAAUCAACUCCGUCGAGUACAGCGUCAAGCACUUCUUUCUUUCGAAAUAUUUUACAUUCUAAUACAAGCAAUAAAGAUGACAGUCAAGGACGUUUGAGUUAUUUUAGUCCUGGUUCAAGCUUAGGAUGUACUCCAUUGCAUAGCAAGAAGCGACUUUCAAGAAACAAAUCCCGUUCACUCAGUCAAAGUCUAGCAGACACCGCUGCCCUUGCUGCAGGGCAUGCAACCGACAAAAUAACUGAAUGGCUUGAUACACCAAUGGAACCAUUAGGAAGCGUUGACAAAAAGAAGCUUACACGUGCUGCAACAAUGUCUCCAAUGAGUGCAGCGAAAGUCCAACAAAAAGAAGCAGUCCAUCAUCAUUCUCAUUUUACUGAAUUGUUAAAACUUAAACUUCCACGUGAACAUUUAAUGUCGCCUAUGUAUACACCAGCUGAAACUCUUGCUAAAUUACCUCCAAUCCGUUUUGUGGCUUGCCAUCUUGACCCAUUACUUGACGAUACUAUAAUGUUUGCAAAAAAGGUCCGAGACUCUGGAGGGAAGGUACAUAGCGUAGAUUUGCUUGAUUCUUUGCCUCAUGGAUUUCUCAAUUUUUCGCCAAUGUCCUCUGACUGUCAAAAUGGAGCAAAUAUUUGUUUGGAACGAAUUAAACAAACUCUUGGGAUGCCUUAA